CAAGAUGCUCACGCUUUUCGGACAGUUUCUGUUCACUGUCGUUUUAUUGAUGUUCGAUUAUGUCAUUUAUGCGGUCCUUGAUCUAAUUCGACGGCACGCAAAAGUCGACGUAACAGUUCAAGCUCGUCAUAAAUUAGAAGUUCAUAUAGAGGGCAAUAAAACAGUGGCUGCAUUACUGAAACGGCUUUUUCUUCCCUUCAAGGACAAUGAUCAUGCGUUCAACACUACCGCCAGCAAUCUUGGCUGUCUGCCUGUCGCCAGACAAUUACCCAACAGCGACAUCUACUGGAUAGUCGGAAUGUACGGAGUGCUUCUCCUGACGACGCUAGGUGACGCAUACGCGCUACGUUUACGCCACGUGGUCGCCUCCGUUGCUUACAGAAGACGCGAGAAAAAACGAAUCAUUUUUCUGUACAGUGACGUCAUGAGGCGUAGGAAAAACCAUCUGUACCACGUCAGGAUGACUGUGCAGAAAUUGGCCCAAAAUUUUAGACUGAGACAACGACACUCGAUUCUUACCGCUAUGCGCAUAAGAAGCGAAACUGUCGACAAAAUAUUCGCCGUUCUCGGAAUCGGUUCUUCCCGGUGCCUUAUCUGCGAAGUGAAAGAAACCAAAUCGUCACCGUUGGUUAAAUGCGACGACGUUAAAUGUCACAUGAUGUACUGUACAGUAUGUUGGGGUGAAGUCGGGGAGUGUUGUUGGGCGUGUAAGAACUACAGACCACAAGACGAAACUUUACAAGAUAUAGAUGAUAACACGGGAAAUAUGGCAAUGUUACGUGACCAGAGUAUGGAAUAAAGGAGGGAUUCUGUUGCAAAAGAA